AUGACUCGAUUAGAAAAUUUGUCUAACGAACUAUUCUUCGAAAUUUUUGACUAUUUACAUGCACUUGAUAUUUUUAUGGGAUUUUCGUCACUCAACGAACGUAUUUCAAUGAUUCUUUCUUCAAUUCCUCUUCGUGUUGUUGUUUCAUCAUAUCAUUGUUAUCGUCAACUAGAAAUUCUAUCAUCAUAUCUCAUGAAUCACGCACAUCAAGUCAUUUCCCUUUCUCUUCAAAAUUAUGUUCGUGAUUUUUCAUCUGUUAUUUCUUUCUUUUUUACUCGACAUACAUUUGAAAAUCUUGAAUUAUGUGCAUUUUACUCAGAUCAUUCAUCACUACGACUACAAAAUGUUAUUCAACAACUACAAAAUCUCAAUAAACUUAGAUCGUUUCGAUUAAUCGCAGCUCCUUGUAUAGAAUUUUGUGAAACAGAAAGGCAAUAUUUACGUCAAACUAUUUUAACACAUAAAUCAUCUUCACUUCGUUCAAUCGAGCUUUCAUAUUACUUUAAUCAUUCACAUAUUACAACUGCCGUUACUUGUAAUUGGAUACUUACAUCAUUGACUUUGACAUUUUAUAAGUUACCUGGUAAUUUAUCAAUUUAUUGUAUCCUUUCGGUGCUUCAUACUUAUCGUGCAUUGCAACGUCUUCAUUUAUAUAUAUCAACAUUUACUCGUUCGGAUGUUGAACAAUCAUAGUAAGUUUUUGUCAAAUGAUAUACUAUUAGUUUGCCAUUUCAUUGAAAUUCUUUCAAGAAUCACAUAGAGUUUUAGUAGCUUUACAAAUGUACGAUUUUUUUAUAUAUAUUACUUUUGAUAAUUAGAGUAAUAUGUGUCGAUGAAAUUAUUUUUUAAGUGAUUCAAAGGAUAUUACACUUGUGUCUUUCAGAAGGGUGUGGGUGUGGGUGUGGGUGGGUGUGGGUGUGGGUGUAGGUGUGGGUGUGGGUGUGGGUGUGGGUGGGUGUGGGUGUGGGUGGGUGUGGGUGUGGGUGUGGAUGUGGGUGUGGGUGUGGGUGGGUGGGUGUGGGUGUGGGUGUGGGUGUUGGUUCAAUCAAUGGUCAUCCACACUCAUACCCACAUCUAAUCACACCCACAUCUAAUCACGCCUACAUCUAAUCACACCCACAUCUAAUCACGCCCACAUCUAAUCACACCCAUAUCUACUCACACCCACAUUUAGUCACACCCACAUCUAGUCACACCCACAUCUACCCACAGCCAUGCCCUGCAUUUAAACGAUGUUCACGUCCUAACAUCAUAGAGAGAAUCACACUAUUCUGCAUAGUCUAUUCGAAAUGGAGUAUCUUGGAC